UAAGCUCCUUGAAGGUAGAGACCAUGGCAUUUGUUCAUGCAAAAGUACCAAUGUACAUGCCUUGCAUUAUGUAUGCUAUCUUGCACAUAUUUAAAUUCCCCAAGUCACUAUAGAACAUUGCAAUUAGGCACCCGGUAGAUAUUUUUAAUUGAUUUAAGGAUAUUUAUUGCUUUCUGCUUUAUCAAGUGCAGCAGCUCUAAGACUGUGCUAGACCAUUAGUCAUCAAAAUGUUUAUUAAGAUUCUGCAUGACGAUGUCAGUAAGUGCUGCUACUAUUUAAUCUUCUGCCAAGGAACCAGUCGAGUGCCAAGCACAACCUCUGCCCACACCUCGUCAACUGAGCAAAUCACCUCUGGGAUAUUCUAUAUGAUGUUUGUAAAUCUUUACCGUAACACCAAAGCUGUUAUUAAAAGGAGCAGGAGGUGCUGGGGGCAGGAGGAGGGCUGCUAAUUAUGGCUGGAGUCAGUUCUUAAGCUUCCCUGUCUAUCAGAUAUUGGUGUCAAAAACUUCAGAGUGCCUUUCUUACCUGUCUUUUUUGAUUCAAGGCCACUGGGUGUUCAUCAUAAAACCUGUCUUGCUAUUAGUAGGACAGCAAGAAAAGUUUGUGAUUAUUGUUUUGACUGAUCCUUCACACUCCUUUGCAUGGAGGUUCAAUAAAAGUCUACUGGCUGAGGUUGGAGGGCAGUCAGUCAGAAGUCUUAGACCCAGGGACCUGGUAAUGCAAGGAUCCAAGCUGUGACCUUCACCCCACUGGGCCCAUGUGCCAAGUAAGCAAUUGACUUCACGUUAAAUUUAAAAAUUGAGGGAUAAUUCUAUAACUAUUUUGGUUUCCUGUGGUUAUUAUAAUAAUGGAGAGGCAGUAGCUUUCCUGGUUCAAAUCCUCCCUCUGACACAUAGGAGCUGUGUAACCCUGAGCUGUUUAACUUUCUGAGGAAGGAAAUCAUAUUCGUACUUGCCUGAUAGGGUUCUCAUAAGGGUUAGAAGUAUCUGUAUAUAAGUACUGUAGGCCCACACAGAGAUGGAAACUUGCAUGUUCAGAUAUGAGUAAAUUUGGAUACAUUUUCCAUCCUCUUUCUUUCAAUAUUUGGAUGUUUUUAAUCUACUUAUUUAAACUGUUACAGAUUAUAGAAGAAACUUUGGGUCUCUGUCAAGAGGUGUGGUACAAUAACCUAGAGAUUCCCCCUGCCAACGGUCUUAAGUUGCCAGGGCUAAAGAUAUCUCCACUUAGAUCUUAAUUUCUUAUACUUUUGUCAUAUAGUUACAUCACUGCAUUCUUAAGGUGCAAAUUUUUUUAGGUGUACUUUUGACCUCACAGUGAUUAGACUAUGACUGACGGAAAUGGCCUGAAUUGUGUGAAUUUGGGUGGAUUGAGCUUAGUAGAACCACUUCAAAUCGCUUUGGUUGGGGGCCCUGGUGUGGGACACAGGCUGAGACCACAGCAUAGGUCAGAACCUAUGGCAUAUCAAGUGAACAUUGGAGGGCGAAAUCAAGACCAAACUAUUUAUCAUAAAACAUAAAAGUAUUAUUGAUGAGGUUUUUUAAAAGUGCUUAGAGGAGGCCUGAUUUAACAGCUAGUGUGGUAUGGACAGUGAGACACAAUAACCAAAAACCUACCACAGUCUUACGACUACACAGAGUCCAGAACAGUGGAGGGGACAGUGCCAUGUGGAGAACAGAGCCGGUGUCCACAUCCUUGUAAGAGGGAAAUUGACUGCCAGUAAAGAGGGAAUCCACAAGGGCAAAUCAUUGGAAGGUGGAGGCACUGAAGAGGUGCUAACAAUGUUCUGAUCCCAUGUAUUGUUCACCAAUAAAUGAAAAUAUAGGCUGCAUGCUUACUAGGCUUCCAAAAGUGUAGGUGAUGAGAGAAGAGAUGGUCUGGAAGGUGAAGACUAGAUUGCUUUUUGUAGCUAGUAGAUAAGUUAAUGAACUGAGAAGGGAUGAGUUAACAGACUGAAGAGGGAUGAGUUAACAGCUCCUUGAGGGCAGAAUGGGAAUCAUUGUGUGGGGUGAUGGGAGAGGACGAUUUAGGCUCACCAGAGCGUAUGUGUGACUUGCGAUGGGGUCUGAAUCUGUGGAAGGAGAUGUUUGAGAACAGGCUGAAUCCCAGGAAUUAAGAGAGGUUCUGAUUCUGGUGGGAUUUGAGCUUGGGGACCCAGUCAGGACCCUUCCAGCUCUGAGAUCUGGGAGAGCCUGGCUAAUGGUUCCUUGUGCUCUGGUGCUUCCUGUUUUAGGUUUCAUCUCCACUUUGCGCUCAUCAUGGCUUCUCCUGCCCAAAUCUAGUCAGUCUCUGAGUAUGGGAUAACGGGCCUGUGUAUGUUUCCUGAGUUGAGGUAGUGAGGGGUGCUUGUUUGGGAAUUACUUUUGGUUUGGAAGAGUUUGGGCAAUUAGAACUACUAAUACAGUAGAAUUCUUUUUUUCCCCCCUUAAUUAUUCUUUUCCACUGUGACUCUAUUUUUCUCUGAUACUCCUGUCAUUCUGUCCUGUCACUCUCAAGUCCCGCCCCUCUUUCCUCUUGAGAUGUUGACAUGUCUUUUCUUGUACUGUAAAUAAAAGACCAAAUGCUUUGUCGAUGUUUCUGCUGAAGUGGGGUCCUUUUGUGUAUGUGCUUGAGUGUGUGUACGUGUGUGUGUGAAAACAACAUGUACCCAUAUGUGCAUGAGUUAUUCAUUGUGGGUGGUACAGAUAAUAUCAUGAAAAGGACAUUUUGAUGCAGAUAUAUAAUUGAUUUAUUUGCCUUACUGAUCUUAGACAUCCAAAUUAAAAAAAAAAUAGAAAGAAAGAAAAGGCACAUGAAGCAGUGACAUAAAAAUCCUAUGACUCCUACCAGUUGUGUUGUAAGCUCAGAGAACCUCACGCUGAGAGCGAGUUCCUGACAUAGUGACCUCAUUCCCAACGCUGGCUUUAUCUGCAGGCAGCAGCAGAGCUGCACUGGCUGCCCAGGCUGCAAGCCUGACGGGGAUGUGUCGGGAAUGAUGAGACCCAGGCUUGCAAAGACUUGCACGGCAACUGGAAUUCGUGACAGAUAGCUCGCUGCAGCUAAACUUUGAUCCAGUGAGUAUACUGUAGAACUGCCUGUUACACACACGAUGGAGAGUCGUCCUUCAUCACAAUGAGAAGCCAGCCUUAAAAAAAUAUAUAGGAAAAUGUGUCAGGUAUAUAAUUGUGGACUGGUGAGUAUAUUAGAUGCCAGAUCAAUUUUAAUGUGUGUGUUCUUUCUUCAAGUAUCUGGAGGUAUGUGCCCUUUUUAAUGUUUUGAUGAUUAACAAAAUAUGAAUUGGUGCUAAUGCAUGUGAGGCACCUGGGCCCCUUGGAGAGAAGCAUGUGCCCCAUGCAGCCCUGUGCCUGGGCUCUGUCCCUGACCUAGAGUCUCUGCAUUGCACAGACAAAGGAGCUAGCCCAGACACACACGGAGGCUGUAGCUUUUCUUGGAGCGAUGACUCAUUUCAGCUCACAAAGGAUUCUGGGCAGGGUAGUGAGAAGUCAGGUUGGCUGAUCCAUCCCUAUGACUUCACUUUGCAGAGAACGAGCAGAAGAGGAGUGACACUGCAGAUUCCCGAGGCACUGCAGUGGGACAUUGGCUCAGUGCAAGUGGCUGUGAUAUAUGAGAUAGGCAUGGGACAGGAUUCCAGCUGUUCCAUGCAAAUAGAUAAAAGAAUGGUAAAGAGGAUUCCUCUCCUUUUUUUUUUUUUUUGUUUUUCCUCCUUUCUAAAAAUCAUUACCAGCAAAGUAUAUUCACAAAACCUUCAAAAGGUGCUUUCUGCCAGCUUUUGAACUGAACUUGUGCCAGUAUCUCAAGCCCUGAAUUAAAAGAAGAGCUGAGAGUUCUGGAGCUCAUUUUUUAAAAGUAGAUCUACCAAGGUAAAGUACCUGAUUCCUGUUGUGUUCCACGGGCCCUCAGCAGCCAGUCUGAAGUGCUCAUUUAGGAUACUAUUACUCAGAAGUUUACUCUUUCUUCUUAUUACAGAUUCUAGGACGUCCGUUUCUGUUACUGGCUCCUUCUUGCGCUUGGAUGCAACCCCCUAGCAUGCACCAGGCUUUAGCAUCAAAGCUACCUGGGAGAUGGAGCCAGUCCAGAACGGGUCAGGUGAUGUAUCACCAAUCAGUAUGUCUCCCAUCAGUCAAUCUCAGUUUAUUCCACUCGGGGAAAUCCUCUGCUUGGCGAUAUCGGCAAUGAACUCGGCAAGAAAACCUGUCACCCAAGAAGCACUGAUGGAACACCUGACAACUUGUUUUCCAGGUGUUCCAACUCCAAGCCAAGAAAUCCUGCGGCACACGUUGAACACCCUGGUACGGGAGAGGAAGAUCUAUCCCACUCCGGAUGGCUAUUUCAUUGUGACCCCACAGACUUACUUCAUAACUCCUUCCCUCAUAAGAACUAACAGUAAAUGGUACCAUUUGGACGAGAGGAUACCUGACAGGUCUCAGUGUACCUCUCCACAACCUGGAACCAUAACGCCCUCUGCCUCAGGCUGUGUCAGGGAAAGGACAUUGCCCAGAAACCACUGCGACUCUUGCCACUGCUGCCGAGAAGACAUGCACAGCAUGCACGCAUCCACUCUGCAGAGGAAAUCUGCCAAGGACUGCAAAGACCCUUACUGCCCUCCUUCUCUGUGCCAGGUGCCACCCACUGAAAAGAGCAAAAGUACUGUAAAUUUUUCUUAUAAGACAGAAACUCUCUCGAAACCUAAAGAUAGUGAAAAGCAGUCCAAAAAAUUCGGGCUCAAGUUAUUCCGGCUAAGUUUUAAGAAAGACAAGACCAAACAGCUGGCCAACUUUUCUGCCCAGUUUCCUCCAGAGGAGUGGCCGCUGCGCGACGAAGACACGCCCACUACCAUCCCUCGGGAAGUGGAGAUGGAGAUCAUUCGGCGGAUAAACCCGGACUUGACUGUGGAAAAUGUCAUGAGGCACACUGCACUAAUGAAGAAACUUGAAGAAGAGAAAGCGCAUAGGAGUAAAGCAGGAUCCUCUGCCCACCACAGCGGAAGAAGUAAAAAGAGCAGGACGCAUCGAAAGUCCCAUGGGAAGUCUCGGUCACACAGCAAGACGCGGGUGUCCAAAGGAGACCCUUCCGACGGUUCGCAUCUGGACAUUCCUGGUGAAAGAGAGUAUGACUUUUGUGACCCUCUGACCAGGGCGCCCAGGGAGGGCUGCUUCAUCAUCGAGCACAAAGGCGACAACUUCAUCAUGCACAGUAACACGAACGUGAUUGAGUCCCAUUUCCCCAUGACACCAGAAUGGGAUGUGUCCGGCGAAUUGGCCAAAAGGAGAACUGAGAUGCCUUUUCCUGAACCUUCCAGGGGAAGCUCGCACUCCAAAGUGCACCGAAGCCACAGCCAUACCCAGGACCGAAGGUCCAGGAAUGAGAGACCCAGCAAAGCCAAGGAGAGGUCCAGAUCCAUGGAUAACUCCAAAGGCCCCCUGGGCGCUUCUUCUCUAGGCACACCCGAAGACCUGGCCGAAGGCUGUAGCCAGGACGACCAGACCCCCAGCCAGUCCUACAUCGACGACAGUACUUUAAGGCCUGCUCAGGCUGUUGGUCAUCAAAGGGCUCUCCUUUCAUCCGCAAGCUAUAAAGAGGUAUGUAUUCCAGAAAUAGUUGGUGGCAGCAAGGAGCCUUCCAGUGCUUGUAGCCUCUUGGAGCCAGGCAAACCGCCCGAGAGUUUGCCACCCUACGGGGAACUCAGCACCUGUCCAACCAAAACAGCCGCUGAUGACUAUUUCCAGUGCAACACUUCUAGUGAGACGGUACUCACCGCACCGUCGCCUCUGGGGAAGAAUAAGGAGGACCAUGCCACUCUGACCCUGGCAGAAGGCGUGAAAAAGCUGUCUCCCUCUGAUAGGCAGGCCCCGCAUUCCUCCAGGGAACCUGUCAGCCACAAGGAGGAGUCACCAAAAGGGUCAGGGGGGGGCCCUGCUGCUUCGGGUGGAGUGGCUGAAGGCAUUGCCAACGGACGCCUGGUCCAGCACCACGGUGCAGAACCCAGCAGCCUGGACAAGAGGAAAGAGAUAUUCAGCAAAGACACACUGUUCAAGCCUCUUCACAGCACCUUGUCUGUAAACAGCUAUCACAAGUCAAGCCUGUCCCUCCUCAAAUCGCACCCGAAGACCCCUGCUGACACAUUGCCAGGCCGAUGCGAGAAACUGGAACCGUCCCUGGGGACCUCGGCAGCACAAGCCAUGCCAGCUUCCCAGCGUCAGCAGGAGUCUGGAGGGAACCAGGAAGCCUCUUUUGACUAUUACAAUGUCUCCGAUGACGACGACUCUGAGGAAGGGGCAAACAAAAACGCUGAGGAGGAGAAAAAUAGAGAUGAUGUAGGCACCAUGCAGUGGCUUCUUGAGAGGGAGAAGGAAAGAGACUUGCAGAGGAAGUUUGAGAAGAACCUCACCCUCCUCACCCCAAAAGAAACCGACAGCAGCAGCAACCAGAGAGCCACCCAUUCAGCCCGGCUCGACAGCAUGGAUAGCAGCAGCAUCACCGUGGACAGUGGAUUCAACUCCCCACGUACUCGGGAGAGCCUGGCUUCCAACACAUCAAGCAUUGUUGAGAGUAACCGUCGUCAGAAUCCCGCUCUGAGUCCAGCCCACGGUGUAGCUGGGUCAGCCUUCAACUUCCGUGCGAGUACAGACCCCCCGACCAGCGAAGCUGAGAAAUUACAGAAACCUUCCAACUGCUUGCAAGCUUCUGUGACUAGUGUGUGAUAGUCCUUCUGCCUCAGAUCUUCUGUCUCAUUCAAUACAGCAAAGUUUACGACACUGGGACUGAUGUUUACAUCUUUGGAAAGACAAGCAUCUCAAGCACAGUUUUCGUGUUUACUUAAACUGUGCAGCUAAGUAGGCUAGGGCAAAAAAAAAAAAAACAAAAAUCUUUAUUUCAGAGUAUUGCUUUUCACAUUUAUGGCUCUAUAGCAACUGAAUAGCAGUAGGGGUGAUAUGUAUACUUUGGCUUCACUAAUUGUAUCUGAGCACACAUAGGAAAGUCUAGACACUGUAAGUGGAAUAUGCGUUUUCAAUGUCAUGCAGUUGCCAAUUCCAUUUUUAAAAUGCCACAGAUGUGUGUUGCUCCCAGUCUGUGGUUCAGUGGGGCCACGGAACUGAUCUUUGACACUUCCCAAACAAACCAACCAACAAAAACCCAUGCCACCACAAAAUGUCGAAUGCAAGGGUCCACCUUAAGGGAAAUCAAUGCCAAACUGACCAGAAGGGACCCCCGCCCUGGCCCUUUGCGUGUAAACCGUUUAUGCACCUGUCAUUUUUCACUGUGAGUUUCGUGGUACUGUUCUGCAGGAGUCCAUAGAAGUAUGUCAGAGGGGGUGGCGAUGGAAAUACCGGGAGUGUCUGUUUUCAGGAUUUUGUUUUUGAGUGUGACAGAUGCUUGUCUUGAUUUUAAACCUUCCAUGAUCACAAACAGGAAUAUAGGCCUUUGAUGCUGAAGUGGAUAAAGGAAGGGAAUUCCCAUUCUGGCUGGGGCACAGCACUAAGUGAGGGAAAAGGUGAUGUGGACGUUUUUAAAGGUAUUCAUCAAAUAUUGAAGGAAGAUAAUUUCCUCCUUGUGAUACUUAUGAUGAUCCUAUCUUACUAUAAUAGAUAACAAUAAUUAGUUUGUUUAAAAGCAAAAUGUUCUUUGUGAUACAAAUGGAGAGUAUGGCCUGGGGAUGUUAUUCUUUCUAAUGGAAGGAUAUAAAUCUAUUUUAUGUAGUUUUAAAUAGAAUGCCUAAAUUAGGCUGUGGGAGAUGAUUUUUAGUGGUUAUAGGAAAGAGCAAAUUUAGGGAGAGUUGAACUUCAGGCCUUUUAUUCCUGGGAAGAUAUCUAUAGAGAAAACUUUUAAAGUAAUUUUUGAUUAGAAAUAUACAUGCCCAUGUAAUAAGCAACAGAAUGAGCUCAUUCUGCUAGUGUGGUAUAAUCAUAAUUUGUACUCCCCUAAAGUUUAUCAGAAUAACAAUUAUGCAUAAUGAACUAUGCCAGAGUAAUGUUUACAGAUACUUUGUAACCAAUUUCAGGAGGUGUUUUUAGGCAGAUGUAUAGUCAUUAGCCCAGCUUACUUCAAAAUGAUUUGUUAACAUUUUGCUUUGGUUUACAAUGUCAUGUUGAAUACAAAGAAGGCUCAGCAACAAAGGAUUACAAAUAAUUAAGCUUCAAUCUUAUAGGAAAAAGACAUUUCAAAGUUCCCAAGCUUUAUUUUCUGAGAACAAUGGAACAUGUUAUAGAUCAUAGAAAACUAUUUGCAAAAGGGUUUCGUCUGACCCAAGUAAAUGGUCUGAUAAAAAGUUAUAUUUAGUCUAGUGGCAUGUGCUAUUUGGAGCCAAACACCAUUUAAAAAAAUAAUUAUAUAUAUAAUUUUUCACCUCAGAUUUAAAUAAUUGGCAUAACAUUUGUGAAGCACUUCUGUUCCCAUGUUAAAUUUAAUCACUAGCAAUCAGUUUAAAGAAUACAGUCAUAUACAUAGACUAAUUUUUUAAACAUGAAUACUCAUGCUUUAUCAAUAUUUGAAAGUUGCAGUGGGUCAAAGUUUAGCAUAAUUCUCUUUUAAUGCUUAUUAUAGUGAAAUUUAAGCACAUUUCCUAGUAAAUUGCCACCCCAUUGAAAUGCUUAAUCCAGUAGACUUUUAAUCCCAUGCCUUAUUUUCUCCAAGGCAUGCCUCGAAUACUCAGAAACACACCGUCUGUCUCACUGCUUAAAUAUGUCCAGAAGAAAUGAUAAUGUAUCUAGUAGACUACAUAAUCUGUUUCCUUGGGGAGUUGCAUACCAUACAGUUACUAAAUUUUUAUGUCUAAAUUUAUUUUUUCCAAAAACCUGCUCUCAAAUUUUCAUCAUCCUCAAUUCAUAAAUAAUAAAACCAUUAAAACAGUACAUCGGCCUCUGAUUGACCCUCUGAAAGCAGCCAUUGAAAUAAUCAGAUGCUGUGUGAGCAGGAAAAGAAAUCAUUACCUUUAAGAGAAGCUUUAAAAUAUGAACUUAUCAAUCUUUCACAAGAAAUAGGUUUACAGAAAACAUUGUUCAAAGAAAAUGUGUAUGCUAUUUGCCUGAUGCUCCGGGGUACAUGAUUUUUAAAAGAAAACUUCCUUAGACCAGUAGCCAUUAGCGUAGAAAUGAUGGACUGUAAAGGUGAUAUAUCAUGUAAGCAGAUGUUCCGUGUAGAAAUACUCUCCUGAAUCAAAUCUGGAUUCUUGAAUGGAGGGGAAGUGGUGGUGGAAAGCGCAUGACAUAUGUGACAUGCGACAAUUGUGCAUGUCCAAGAGGGUCUCACCGAGAUGGUGAGGCUCUCCAUGCCCGAGCCCUCGGGCCCUCUCCAAGCUUUGUGUUCUUUUCCUCCAGUGAUACCAUAGCUUUGUGUCACACAACUGCUUAUCUAGUCUUAGAGUUUAUCAACUGAAAGGUUUACAAAACUGAAUCUGGUUGAAUCUCUGUGAGGCGUUCAACUUUAAAGGGUCAACCCAUCUGUCGGCAUUUUGCACACUUAUGUAUUAUUAUGAUACAGCAUAUUACUUUAUGGUAAUUUUUAUUUUUACAUAUAACUACCUCCAUGAAUUUGAUGAAAUGGCAGCAGCGUGUUAAAGUGUAUUGUUCAGAAAAGCAACAUUUAAAACUUUCUUAAACAUGAGGCCAUGCAUUGUGUGUGUGUCGGUGAUUGCCUCUGGGGACUCAUGACUAUCCCAUUGCCAUGGUUUUCUUUCACGGCACCCUUUUGGCUUUCAGAUGUAAUUCUGUCUUCUCCUCUCUUUCCCAUGAAAGCACACUUGACUUGGUCACGAAGGAAUGGAAGUUUCAAAAUUCUUGUCUUUCUCCCACUCUCCAUUCCUGCUUAAAGUUCUCUCUGGCCAAGAGCCAAUGGGUAAACAUAAUUUGGCAAGCUAUUUACUCCUAUGUAAAUCUGAUUUGAUGGCUAGGUUUUCAGUAACACAAGUCACACAAGAAACUGCCAACUCUGAAGCACUUUGGGCCUCUCUGCCUUUAUCAUAUGCCACCCUAUUGAGCCCCAAUUUCACUUUUAUUAAAGGAGCUGUGCCAUAUAGUUCCAUGACUUCUGUUAAGUAAUUCAUACUCCAUUUGAUAUGUUUUGCACAUCUCAGGGGACCUUAAUGAGCAUAUGAAAAGGGGGUGCAUCUAAUAGUGAAAACAAAUAGAGCUAAAAAGGGCCUAGCUGGGUAAAAAUAACACAUGAAUACUUCUCUGAUGUUGGGGAGCUCAAGUUCAGGAAGGAUAAAUUGAAAGAAUCCACAGUAACAGUGAUCAGAACACCAGCUGUUCCCAAAUCUCUAUUUUUCGUAACCCAACCAGCAUUUCUAAAAUGUAAACUUAAAUUUUAUUGCAGUCAACAUCAGGAGAAGAAACCUGUUUUGUGGAAACGGAAAAAAUCAUUCCCCUUUCAGUUUGGCACAAUUUGGUAAGCUUCUACCCAGGAUAAACCACUUAUCACCACAAAGUGUACUUGAAAAUAAAAUUUUUAACUUAAAUGAUAGGCAUGUUUCUCUCGAUACAAUAGAGAUCAUUUUUGGAAAAGUCUCACCAUUUAUAACAUGGGUAGUAUUAGAAGCUUCAUUUAAAAACCAACAACCAAUGAUGAUGUUGCUCAGUUCAUUUGGGGAUCUCAAAGUGCUUCCAAAGCAUUAGAUUCACAGACAGUUAACAAGGCAGGUCAUAUUUGUAAUAUACUUGGGAUGAUUUAGAUUACCUAGAAACACAGUGGCAGCUAUCAAUGACCUAUUUUCUAUCUGUUUGAUAGACCAUCAUGAGAAAUCGUUAAAUACAAUGCUCUUUUUCUGAUGAGUGCUAAUAAAGUAAAAAAAAAAAAAAAAAGUACAGUCUUACACCUUUGUCUAUUUUCAUUCAAAAAGUUUAGGGUGUUUGGAAUCUUGCACCUCAGCACACCUUUCUGGUAUUGAAUGAUGAAGUGGGAGUUGAACAGAUCCACCCAGAUUCCCUUGCAGUCCAAGGCAGAUCCAGAUGUCCACCCUUGUUUACAGUUUCAUAUUGGAUUUCUAUAAUUCCUGUGCUAAAAUAUCUUCAGGAACAAGACUGCUCUAGGCAGUGGAAGGUGCUGAAACAAAUUUCAAUUAAAAACUUUAUCAAGUACUCUUCACAGUGCUCCAUGGCACAAUAGAAAUUCAGUACAAUAUAUUGAGCCCGACUUUGUAGGAUCUGAUCCAGUGCUAAAUGUUUUCACAAAUUAGGAGACAGAAAACCCUUUACAGGAAUCUUCUCCAUUACCAUAGGCCUGUCCUCAAACCAACUAGCAGUGCUAUGGACCACAGUAGACCCAAGCAAAUGAUUGCUUCUCCCUCCUUCCCCCAGAACCAUCCUGCCCAUUGCCAAAGCCAUCCAGUACUUUCCUGUUAGUGAGAGACUCUUCUGAACACAUUUAGGGCUCCAGGAAGCUGGAACACAGGAAAAAUAAAUGCAAAAGCCAUGGAAGAUAUUGUUUUGCUUUGGGUUAGUAAAAUAUGAGCAGGAAAGAGAUUACUAUCAGUCUGAGCUUUGCCAACAAAGAUAAAGAAUCAGCUGUCACCCCAGCCCUCUCACAGAAGGUUUUAUGGUAUUAAGGUUACAUCCAAUAUCUUCCCAUAGGUUUUUAUUUCGGAGACAUUUCAUAAAUUAUAUGUAUAUGAAAAAAAAACUAUUAAAUUUCCUCGUGUGUUUGAAACAGGCAUUGGCACCUCUCUGAUUGAGUUAAUCUCUGCAUCUUUUGCAGCAGCAUCCCAGAGAGAGAUUCCCCGGUGAUCUCUCCUAACACACAAUCUUGUGUUUUUACAGUUCUGUGACUUACAAUUGAUGAAUUGUAAGAUUCAGAAUUCCACAAAGCUCAAGGGGGCCUGAACCUUCUUCUUAUGAUUGUAUAUACGAUCAGUUCUAGGGCUUUAAUUGCUACUUGUUGGCUCUGCAUGUGAACACACAAACACACACCCACACAAUGCCAACAAGGGAAUAGGGUGUCUCCAAGUAGGCAGCAAUGACUCUGGAGAGGUGGAAACUCAUGGUUGGAAUGUAAGGUUACAAACUGGGCUGGGCCAUGUGCAGCUGCCUAUCUCCCCAUACAAAGGCUGACCUUGGGAUCCCCAUUCUCUCACUCUCACCAAAAAGGUACCAAGUCUGAGAUCUGAGUUCUCCAAUACCAGUCCUCCACAGUUCCAGAAAGUUAAUCCUGCAGUACUCAGCAGCCCCUCCCCUUCCUUUCCUUGAGAGUCUCCCUUCCUGCUUCCUUCCCAUCCCCUGACCUAGACACUGACACCGCCACGGUUUCCACAUUGGAAGGGCAGAAUCCUGUGCAGUAUUGUGCACACAUGCUGGUUAGAAAUAGAGCUGCCCUAGGGUCACCUUCAUGUAAGUAUUGACAACUACAAAUUAAAGUCCUUAGAGCAGUUGACAGAGAUACUACUUUCUGGAAGAGAAUUAAAUUUAAAUGUCAAGUUUAAAGGGAUCAUAAUUCUGCAGGUAUCUUUCUCUGAGUGACUGAAUGUGACUAUUGCAUUAGGGUAAAUGAAUUAAGAAGUGCAAGUGGGAUUUACUGUAUGUUAGAAAGGAGUUUUGCAGCCAAGACUGCCUUGAAUAAAAUGUGUUUGCACUGAAAAAAAAAAUUUAAAUUACUUGGUCUCUGGUUGCUGUAAAGGUCAUCCAAGAUGGAUGUUCUGUUUAUAUUGUAUAGUAUUUCAUAUGAAAUAAUUACAGUUCAUGAAAUGUCUUCCCUAAUGUUACUGAUUUAUAACAGCACAUUUGUAACAUGGUUUUUAUUGUGUCAGUGUACCAUAUUGUAAAUGAUGAUUACUUGUCAUGCUUAGUAUAAUAACUUAAAAGAAAAAAAGGACAGGGAUUUUUGUAAGUCUAUAUUUGAAAGUCCCUCCAUAUGGUAAUAUUGUGUUCAUGUUGUUUAUGUAGUGUUGUGUGAAAUAUCCAUUUUGGAUUGUGUUACUUUUUAAGAUAUUAAAUAACAUUUGGUUAUA